AUGACUUAUCACUGUCCCGACUGUGACAGACUCUUCUACUCAGGGAGGAAAGCUCGCGACCAGCACUACACGUGCAGUGACUGCUUCGAUGAUAAGUAUGACCGCUGCGAACACAUAAACCUGCAAAUGCACUGGUGUAGGAACGUGCCAGAGUGUAUGCUGUGUUGUUUUCGCUCUGUGAUUAAAACAGAGAUAACGAAGCAUGAGAUUGAGCAUCAUAAUUAUUGUGCUGACUGUAAGCGUCAGUUUUCAAAUCUGAAUUGUAUCCGACAGGACAAGACGUACGACAUCAACCCCCGACUAGCAUGGAACCACUGGGCAAAAGCCUACGAAUGCUAUCUAUGCCACAAGCUUCAUUCUUCGCUACAUGGCUUGAAGUUGCAUCUCGAAUCACCACUGUAUCAUUGUUUGAAUUCAACUUGCCUAAGGGAGUUUACCACGUUGGCGGCACCUAUCAAUCAUCUUGAGAGCGAGACCUGCAAGAUUAUGCGAUUCCAGCAGGUGCAGAGGAAUAUUGCGACCAUUGUUGAUUCUAAUCGGAUGAUUUCCAACUAG